AUGAAGUACGGACCCCCAUUGGCCAAACCUAGGCAAUACCCUUACACGCUCGAGGUGUUGGAGUCCCAGGCCAAUAGAAAGCUCCUCAACGAGUACAAAGGCGACAACAAACAGUGGCUCGCCGUGCUUGAGCAGCUGCUGGCGCCCAACCCACAAAUGAUCGACUUGCAGCCCGAGGUCCAGUGGUACAUGAGACCGUACCUCCUCGACUUCUUGAUCGAGCUCCACCAGAGCUUCCGCUUGCAGCCCGCCACCUUGUUUCUCUGCAUCAACAUCAUCGACCGCUACUGCGCCAAACGCAUUGUGUUCAAGCGCCACUACCAGUUGGUCGGCUGCACCGCUCUCUGGAUAGCAGGCAAAUACGAGGACAAGAAGCUGCGCGUGCCCACGCUACGCGAGCUUGCCAUCAUGUGCCGCCACGCCUACGACGAGGAGAUGUUUGUCCAGAUGGAAAUGCACAUUUUGGCCACGUUGGAGUGGCUGAUUUCCCACCCGCUGUUGGAAGAGUGCCUCCACUUGGCCAUCGCUGAAAGCGGCGUCGUGGGCGCCCACUCCACCCCGUGCAAGUACAACAGACCCAAACAGGGCCAUGUGCUGGACUCGCUUCUGCUGAAGGUGUCCGCGGUGACGGCGGUGGGCCGUUUCUUCUGCGAGUUGGCCCUCUACGAUCGCUACUUCUUGACGGUGCCUGCGUCGCUCGUGGCCAUCACCGCCAACCUCCUAGCGUGCUCGAUGCUCGGGGUGCUGGCGGCUGCCUCCAACUUGCGCACCUUGCUCGCUCUCAACUCCGUGCUGGACUCGCUGGCGGGUCACUGUGAGGAGGAAAACAGGGCCCCGCUGGUGGCCGGCGCCUUCUUGCUGGGGCUCGACAAGACCUCGCUCAACCAGGUGCGCAAGAUCGCCUUGAUGCUUCUUCUACAGACCACGUCGCUUCUGGAGGUGCUACAGCGGAAGUAUGACGCCUUGGGCGUCAUCCCCGUGCUCCACAACUACACCAACAAGCACUCGCUUCUCGUCAAGGCCGUCAUCGACCACUCGGCGACCAUUUUGGCCGACGACCCGUCGGCUUUGGCGUCGUCCGAGGUGGCUCGUGUCGCUGACGCCUUGCUUCUGAUUGGCCACGACGACUUGAAGCCGCCGUCUGUGUUUGGUUGCGCUGGCGCUGGCACCAACCCAGCGGCUGCCGCCUCCACAACCACGCUCCCGUUGACUCCUCCGUCAGCGUCGCAGUCGCUGGUGUUCUCGCACCACGCUUCAUCGUCGGCACAAACCACGCCGAUUUUGUACGGCACCCUGGGCCAGUUUGUGCUGGCGUACUCGCCAAUGCCGUCUUCCGACCCGGCGUGGUCGCUGCCGUUGGUGCCCAAGGGCCAUUGA